AUUUUGUAACGCCAAUGGGUUGGAUUUGGAAAGAGAAGAAAGACCACAUGCAGGUGCAGUAGAGAAAGAACUUUCAUGAGUCCUUCUCUCCUUCAAUCACAAGAUGAAAACACACCACGUCGCCACACUCUCCGCCUGCCAGAGUCUUCUCUUCUUCGAUCACAGGAUGAAAACACACACCACGUCUCCACAUUCUCCGCCUGCCAGAGUUUGAAAUUUUCCCUCACUCGCCCGCUGCACGCAUCUCACAAUGCACUUCUCAAGAUCCGGCGCCUGCGAUUCCAAGCUCCUCCGGCCUCUCCCGACCCUGGGCUGGUUCCGGUGCAUCGUCUCCAGCUGCCGGGCCGUCGUCCUCCCGCGCUUCGGCGGGCCCGAGGUGCUCCAGCUUCGUCCUAAUGUCGAUGUACCUGAUCUGAAGCCCGAUGAUGUGCUCGUUCGCGCUCGCGCGGUGUCGAUCAACCCUCUUGACACUCGGAUGCGGGCAGGCUAUGGUCGUUCCAUAUUUGGACCACUUUUGCCACUUAUUUUGGGUCGUGAUAUCAGUGGCGAAGUUGCAUCUGUAGGAGCUUCAGUAUGUUCUUUUAGUGUUGGGCAAGAAGUUUUUGGUGCAUUGCAUCCAACUGCUCUGAGGGGUACCUAUGCUGACUAUGCUAUUCUUUCAGAACAUGAACUUGCUUUAAAACCAGCAACAGUCACCCACGUGGAAGCGAGUGCCAUUCCAUUUGCCGCGUUGACUGCAUGGCGUGCUCUAAAAAGUACUGCUAGGAUAACCAAGGGACAAAGGCUAUUGGUAGUGGGUGGUGGAGGAGCCGUAGGUUUUGCUGCAAUUCAGCUUGCAGUGGCUGCAGGUUGCCAUGUUUCAACUACAUGUGGAGCUCAAAGUAUAGAACGGGUAUUGGGAGCUGGUGCUGAGCAGGCCGUUGACUACACUGCCGAGGAUAUUGAAUCAGUCAUACAUGGUAAGUUUGAUGCCGUUUUGGACACAAUUGGUAUGCUGGAUACGGAAAGAUUAGGCAUCACUUUCUUGAAGAGAGGUGGGCAUUAUAUGACACUGCAGGGGGAAGCAGCAUCUUUAACUGAUAGAUAUGGACUAGCUAUUGGGCUUCCUGCAGCAACAGCAAUUUUAUUGAAGAAGCAAAUUCAAUACCGCUAUUCUCAUGGAAUAGAAUAUUGGUGGACAUUUAUGAGAGCAGAUUCAGAAGGUUUGGAGGAGAUCCGCAGGCUAUUGGAAGCUGGGAAUCUAAAAAUACCUGUCGAGAAAACAUUUUCCAUUACACAAGUGAUUGAGGCACACAAGGCCAAGGACAAAAGGCAUGUUCCUGGUAAAGUAGUGCUAGAAUUUGACUAGAUGAAGAAAGAUGACUAGCUAAAAGUGACAUCGCCUAUGAUUAGAAUUGUCAAAAUACAAAUCAUUGCCUGCCUUGGCGUUUCUAUGAAGGUUUGUUAUUUAGAGGAGGGAGCCUCAAAUAAAUUUCAGAAUUUUGUAUAGGAAAAUGUGUAAAGUUUCUGGAUGGAAGCUUGAGAUCAAAUUGGCAAUCUGUAUAGUAUCCACGUUUUAUUAUUUUGUAGGUUAUCUGAACCUAAAUGAAAUUGGAAAUGGGAAGUUUUGUGCAUGAUUCAGAUGGCAAA